AUGAGGGAUGUGCUGCUGACCAUGCUUCUGGCCUUGGCCUCAGUGCCCAGGUUCCAGGCAGUGUGGCUGGGGAGGCUGGACCCUAAGCAGACCAGCAUGGGCUGUGGGGGUCGGGCUGGCCCGCAUGAGGGGCCCCUGGGCUCCCAGGUGAGAAGGACCCUCUCCUGCUCCUGCCCCCUUCAGCUGCUGGGGUCCUGGUAUGUUCUUGCCGUGGCCUCCGGUGAAAAGGACUUUGCUGUGGAGAAGGCCACAAACAACAUUGAGGGGGUCAUGGUGACCCUUGGUCUCCCAGGCCCAGGGCUGGUCCUGGCGCUGGGGCUGGCUGUGGGGUCCCAGCCACGGGAGCUGCUCCCCAGGGACUCCCACAACCUCAGCUGGAGCACGUGUCCAGGGUUUUGGUAUAUUCCGGCCACAGCCUCUGAUGCCCGGGGGCUCGUGCCUGGCAGAGACAAGAGGAAGCUGGGGGCGUGUGCACCGCAGGCUCACAAGGCCGGUCAGCUGAAGGUGGUCCUGGCCUUCAGCCAGCCACAGGGCUGCCAGGCCCAUGCGCUGAUCCUGUGGAAAGACAGGAAGAAAGCCGUGUUCAGGAAUAUGUUGAAGGGCGUCCAAGGCUUCUGUGUGCUGUCCACUGACUACAGCUACGGCGUGGUCUACCUGCGCCUGGGGCGGGCUGGCCAGGCCUUCAAGACCCUGCUGCUCCUCGGCAGACAGAGCACGUCCAGCGUCCUGAGCUUGAAAAGCUUUGUAGACACGUGCGAGGUUCUGGAGCUCACCAGGAGUGCCACCAUCCUCCCGAAGGAUGCCUCCUGUGCACACACCAUCCUGCCGUGAGGGUGAGUCACCCGCUCCUUUGGGACCCAGAUCGUGGUUCCACUAGACCCCAGGAGCGUUGUUCCAGAUUGCAUGUCUUCACAUCCAACUGUUUGUUGAGAAGUGUUUGGUGACCCCAGGCCAUUGCUCGUGUGAAACUCAGGGCCAUGACUUUAGCCCAAAAGGUAUCUUUUAUCAUCGAGAGAUGGGGGUAGGAGGGUCCAGGAUGGCUGGCAGGGGUUGCCAAACCAGGUCCCUUCUGCCUGUGUCCUGCAGGUUACGUGGCAGAAAGAUGCUGCCACCCCUUGUCUGCUGUGAAUAAACCUCAGGCUGGCCCAGUGCGCCCUUGCCCUGCAUCCUGCCCACAGUGAGUCUAGGCCAUUGCUCUCUGUGGUCCUUGACAUUCUGUACUUUCUCAGGGAGCUGUUUGCUGAUCACCAAACAUUCAUAAGCACCUGCCAUGUGCCAGGCAUUGUGCCAGCUGCCUGAGAGAGGGCAGGGGGCAUAAGGCAAAAGGAGCUCUGACAGAACUGGUGCCUUCCCAGGAGAGG